GUGAAACAAAUUACUCUGUCCCCAGAAUUUAGUCCAUGUUAGCUUGGCCAAGUUAGCUAGCCAGUUUUUUAGUUAGUUAGGUGAACUUUCACCGUGUCUUUUUAAUCCUUCGCCUGCUUAAAGUCCGUCAAAAUGUCGGAAGUUGUGUAUCCACCAGAAAGCGUUUACAACCUUCUUACAAAGGAGGAGGUUCAUGCUCAAAAGCCGCACAGGUACAUGUCCAAGUACAGGCCAACAGUUAUUCUUGAGGAAAAGUCAAACAAGGGUGCAAUGAGGACAAUGGGACCAGCAAAAGUAGAGGUGCCCUCCCCGGAGAAGUACCUCAAGAAGCACUCAAAGGAGCCCAAAUUACCUGAAAAGACACAGUGUUCGAAAGAGGUCCGAAACACCUGCACUAUGAAGAGACCGCCUGUUCCUGCGAGGACAGAGAUCCCACCUAUGGGUAUUCACACCAAGAGAGACUUCAUAAAGACAGCUACAGUGGUGCCAAUGAAGCCCCAGCCUGUCUGUGUGGACACCAGCAAAGGACAUAAGCAGCCUCUUGAGAAUUCAGGACUUGUCCCCAAAUACAUCAAGAAAAAGCAUUACGGAGAGGUACCAGAGUACCUGCAGCAGCGCAAUGAACAAGAGCGGAGAGCACAGGAAGAGUAUGACGAGUUUGUGAAAGAACAGCGGGAGCAGGGAGUCAUGAAACACCUGUCUGACGAGGAGCGACGAGCCGUCCUGGAGGGCCUGAGGAAGAACUUGCAUCAGCUGCACCGUGAGUACCAGGGCCUCUCUCUCGUCACAGACAGCCUGUCCAAGAAGUCUCACAAGGAACGUCUGGAAGUGGCAAUAAAGCAGCUGGAGAACGACAUCAACCUCUUCGAGAGGUUUAAGACCAUCUACAUCUCCAAUAACUAAGAUAUUAAAAAACAUUAAAUUAGAUGUACUGUACUGUCUUGAGACCAACACCCUUACUUCACAUAUCACGUGGGCUUGAGUAAAAUAAAAUUCUGUAUGUGUAUAUUCUCAUGAUCUGUCACAUGAAACAUGGAAAAUAGAUGAAACUUCACUGCGAGUUAAUGAAUCAUUUAGAAUUACCCUCUGGGGAGUGUGUAAAUUCACAGCAAAUUCAAAAGCAGUCUGGCCAGUCAGUGAGAGAAUUCACAAUGGACUAUUGCCACCGUUACAUCUACCACUAACAGGGCAAAUCAUGUUUUUAAAGUGAUGUACUCUUGGUGAAAUAUAAUGUAAUUUUGAAGGAAAUUUUGUAAUUUAAAGCUACAGUUUUUAACUUUAUGAAUCAAAAUUAAUCAUUAUGAUGAAAUAAAAAUCAAGAUUCAGUAAGAAAGUUUGCUUCAGCUGGUGGGUGGUGCUCACUUUUCGGCUCAACUGUUGUUUGACAUGGCGACCAGGUAGCAAAAAUUCUCAUUUUACAGCUAAACAGUACCCUAAAAUAUGUUUGUGAAGACAUUUAAGGCAAUAAAUAGGGAAUGCAGUAACGGAAUCUUGAUUCAUAUUUGAUCAGCAUUGCCUAGUUUGACAGUUUGUUGGCAGUUCAUGACCUGAUUGACAGCUGUGUUAGUGCUUGUGUCCACAUAAUUGUUUUACUUUGGCCGAAAAGCUGUGGCAGAAAGCACUCCCAGUGUCUUGUUUGAUGACGUUAUGUGAACAGAGGGUUGACUACACAGCUAACAAGCUUAUACAAGUACUUGUGCUUUAGAUAUCACUAAAUCAGUAUGGUGUAAAGCACAACACACACCAGCAACAUUCAAUGUCUGAUCUGCGCCCACAAAUGAGCUUUUCUGUUGUAAUGGUUUUUGUCCAAUAUAUAUAGCUCGAAUAAAUGCGGCCAGAACUAGCUUCUCCUCCACCUUGGUUUUUAGGGUGAUGAGUACUGUCCCAGGUGAUUGAUUUCCUGAAAGGGAGCAUCAUAGAUGACACCGGUGGCAUUCUAAAAAGUUUAGAGACUGCGCAAAAAAAAGACGCUGGGUGUGGCACUUUUUUUUCUAGUCAGCUGCAUGCGGGCGCAUAAGUCGGACUUAAUUGGGAAUAAUUGAAAGAAGAGCUUGAAGAAAAAAAAAACGCUAUGUGGACAUAGGCCCUUUAAGACUCCUGUGCUCUGAUUGGUUGUUUUCAUUCAGGCCUUUUCUUUCAGUCUUGCAGAUACCAUUAAAGGCACUAAGAUGUG